AUGGAUUUAUUCGAUGAUCUGAUUUCUUCAAUCUCUGCAAAAGAUAAAGAAAUUCAAGAACUAUCUGAUAAAAUUUCAACGCUAAAAAGUACUUUAGAAAACAACAUCGGUAUUUUAAACGUUAGAAAUGAUCAGAUUAAUAAUUUCAAAUCAGAAUUAGAUCAGUUCAAAGAAAAUUCAAAACUAAAAAUAGUCGAAAAACAAGAAAUAAGUAAACAUCUUGAUGAUAUAACAAAUCAAUGCAAUGAUCAAGAGAAAAUCAUUCUUGAAUCUCAAAAGGAGAUCAAUAAACUUCAAUAUCAUAAACAAUCUUUAGAAGAACAUUUAAAUCAAAUACAAGAAACAUGUAGAAGCUUUCAAAACGAUCAAUUGCAAAAACAAUUAUCUGAAAAUCAAACGAAAAAGCAGUGUUUAAAGUUGAAUUUGAAAAGUAUCCAAGGAAAAAUUGAUGAGUUAAAUCGAAAUCUCCAAUUGAUACGUGAAAAUGCAGAAGGAAAUAUUCAAACAACUACUAAUGAGCAUAAAAUCUGGAAAGAAACAAGAGCUUUCAAAAUUCAAACGCUCAAAGCUGAAAAUGAAUCCUUAUCUCAAGUCCAAUUGCAAAAUGAGUAUAGGUUUGAAAAAUUAAGCGCGCGUUAUAAGAGCCAGCUUAAUGAAAUCAAAAAAUCUAAAUCAAAAGAUGAAGUAAAGGUUCAAUGUGAGUAUACACAGGCGUUAAACGAACUUAGACAAAUAUUUGAACAAAAAUAUUUUUAUUCAAAAAAGCUCGAAGAACAAAAUAAUGAGAAUAUCAACAAGGCAAAGCAAGAAACGGAGUUAAUGCAUCACUUAAGACAAGAAAUGGAAAAAAUGGGCAAAGAUGUGAAAAAGAUUCAAGAAAUAUAUGAUAAUAAAUCGAGUAAUCACGAGUAUGAGUAUUCAAGUAGAUUGGAAAAUCUACACAAACUUUAUACAGAAGGGAAACUAUAUAAAUCAAAAAUUAUUCAGAAUUUAGAAAAUGAUCCUCAUUUGCAUGCCCUUCUUGAUGAAUUUAGAGAAAAAUUAGAUAUAUUCAAAACAGAAUGUGAACACAAAGUGAUGUUUUCUGCUGAUAAAACCAAAGUCUUGCUUAAUAAAUUUAAUCAAGCUGAAACAUUGUUAAAAACAAUUUGGAAUUCAGAUACUGAAUCAAAAAAGAAAUGCGAUAGUGUUAGAAAGGCAUUUGAUGCAGCAAAACUUGAGGCAAAUAACGAAAAAGAAAAAUUAAUAAAAAUAAAUGAUGACUUCAAUGCAUUAAGGAAAGAAGUCAUAGAUAAAGGUAUCAGAAUCGAACAAGAAUGUCCUUGCGAGCCAAUUGUUACUUAUUUUGGAAUUAAUACACCAAUAAUCAUAAAACCAGGAGCAAAUGAAGAGAACGUUAGAUACCUUAAAGAAUGCGUUGAGAAGGCAAAAGCUAAACGAGAACAAAAAAUCCAUAAAAUUGAUCAAAUGAAAAAGGAACUAAUUAAAGAAAAGACGAAGAAUCGUAACUUGAAAUGCUUAGUGAUAAAAUUAGUUAAGCUCACAAAAAAAAUUAACUAA